CUUUCUGAAGGCACUGUAUGUUGUUAUAACAAAUAUUAUUAAUCUAACUCAAAUCACCUUUUCAUGAAUAAGAAAAGGACUGAAAGUGUUACCUUGUGCCCCAGUCUCCCCUAUCUAACUCUCCAUCUAUCUCUCCAUCUUUCUCUUUCUACUUCGAUCUAUCCAACUCUAAAAAUGGAAUUUAGGUUAUUCUGUCUCUACCAGGGUGUCUGUGACUUUGACCUACGUCCAUAAAAUGCCAAUCAGGAUUGCUGUUUGCGUUGCAUGGAACACCAUCAUUAAAUAAUCCAGUUGUGGUGGAAAAUUAGAUCGCUGUUGGAGUGUGGAGAUCUCUCUAACGUAAAUAAAUCAUCUGUAGGCCUGUAAUAAAUACAUUCUAUAGAAAGACAUAAGAAAAAGUCUAUUCAAUAAAAACGGCUCUUUUGAACAAUAUAUUUUCCUAACAUCUCCUGUCCACUGGACAUUGUGUUUUUUUUUGUUUGUUUAGGCCUGCUUUCUGCCACUUUUGUGGGAAAUAUGGCCAAGAUGAAUUGCCUUGCUUUGAUUGAACUGAACUAGGCUUUUGCUCUGAAUACAGGGCUUGAGUUCCUUGUCUCGCCCAUCUAGGCCACCAGAGGGCGGAUGUGGUCUCUUGAAUGUGCAGGGCAUGAGUGAAUAUUGGGGCCAGACAGACGCUCAAAACUUCUACAUCAGGACCAGCCGGUGGACGGAUUUUUGGAUACGCUUCUGAAACUAUUUGUGAAUACAUUUAGGCUUUUAUGGAGUGAUCCCUUAUAAACAAGCUCAACACUUUCAGAAUAUUUACGUACUUUGCUCUGAGCGUUCUAUCAAGGUAAAAUGACUCCGCUUUUUGCUUUGUUCGUACUUUUCCUAGGGGCUGCGGAGCCCCGACAUGUCGGCUCUGGUUACACGGCGCUGAGGACCCAAGACAGGGACGGGUCAGCACGUGUAUUAACCACGGGGAACGGAGAGUCAGACUCUGGGGUGAAUCUGAAUCAGAUUGGAGGAGGAUAUAUCGAAUCUCUGUUGCAGGAACCAGACGCAAACCCAAAGAGAAUCCCCCGGGGCGUCAAGGAUGGGAGCUCGAGAAAACGGGACCAGCAGUCUCCCCACAGCUACCAACACCCCAGACCGUAUGACCCGGACGGCUACUUUACCACGCCCAAGAAUGCACACCUGGCCAACAGCACCCCAGACAGAGAUUCCAAGGGGUCGGUGCUGCUACACAACCCACUCUACCCGGUAACUGACAGCUCCUACCGGGCUUACGCAGUGAUGCUGCUGGCCCUCAUCCUAUUCGCCAUGGGCAUCAUCGGUAACCUCGCGCUCAUGUGUAUCGUUUGGCACAACUAUUACCUGAAGAGCGCGUGGAACUGCAUCCUGGCCAGCCUUGCGUUCUGGGACUUCCUCGUGCUCUUUUUCUGCAUGCCGGUGGUCGUCUUCAACGAGCUCACCAAGAGACGGUUGCUAGGCGACCUGUCAUGUCGGAUUGUGCCUUACAUGGAGGUGACCUCCCUGGGAGUAGCCACAUUCAGCCUGUGUGCGUUGACCAUCGACCGGUUCCACGCAGCGACCAGCCCCCAGCCCCAGGCCCCGCGGGUGGAGCCCUGCCAGUCCAUCCUGGCCAAGCUGUCUGUGGUCUGGAUCGGCUCCAUGGUCCUGGCUGCUCCAGAGCUGCUGCUAUGGCAGCUCACCCAGGAGGUCUCCGUCCAGCCAGGGGGCUUCGUGGUGGACCUGUGUGUCCGGAGGCCCUCCCUCAGCCUGCCUGAGUCUGUCUACUCGCUGGUGCUGACCUACCACGAGGCCCGCAUGUGGUGGUGCUUCGGCUGCUACUUCUGCCUGCCGCUCCUCUUCACCCUCGCCUGCCAGCUGGUGACGAAGCACGUUGUCGCUGAAGAGGCACGGAGGAAACAGGGGGCAACCACGGUAGUAGGAGGUAAAAGAGUACGCCCUUCCUCCUCCUCCACCUCCUCUUCAUCGUCAUCCUCCUCCGCUCCUAAGAAGCAGCAGCAGCUGAAGAGGGAGCGUAGGUUGAGUUCCACGGUCGUGGCGUUGGCCAUCGUUUACGCCGCGUGUAACCUCCCCGAGAAUGUCUGUAACAUCGCCCUGGCCUACAUCGCCAACCCCGUCUCCACGACAACUGAGGCCCUGCUGGCUCUGAUUGGCCAGUUCCUGUUGUUUGUCCGUUGCUCGGUGACACCGGUGUUGUUCCUGUGUCUGUGUCGGUCACUGGGCCAGGCCUUCAUGGACUGUUGUUGUUGCUGCUGUGAGGAGUGUCUACCAGACGGAGCCUCUUCCUCAUUGUCUUCCUCCACUACCGCCACAGCGGCCUCCACCUCCCUCUCCUCUCCAUCAUCACUCUCUCCGUCCUCCACCAAGGAGGAGAAGCUGACGAUUGUGUCUGGGACCACACCAGCCAUCUUCUACGACAAGGCCAAAGACAGCUCCUCUCUCAUGGUCAUCGGAACACCCUGCUGAGGUCCUCUCCCUGACUAGCCAGGAGUCACUUCAUUGAAGCACAAAGUGACCAAGCCCCCCUUAGACCUUUAGCUCUCUUACCCCAACCUCUCUCGGCUCACGGUGGCUGUGCUGGGCAUUGAACUGAAUGAAGAUAAAGGAUCUCUAUGAUGCUGGGUCUUUAGAGAGUGACUUACUUGACCUUCAUUUUACCAAGAAGACCAUUGAGAUGAAAGGUAGACUCAGCACUGUUGACAUCAUCAUGCAUAGGGGGCGACUUCCUUCUUAAAGACAACUUUCUAUGAGUUUAAGGUCAUUGGUUUUGAGAGAAUUAUGGUUAUGACUACUUGAUGAACUCUUGGCUUAGGGCUUUGGUUGUCUUCAAUCCCUCCCAGCCGUGAGAUAAGUUAUGAAGAUAACUUAACCAUUAUGACACGAGACAACAUAUCAAUUGUAGUGGUGGAGCUGAAAGCUAGAAGAGAGCUGAAUCAACUGCCAUAAACGUUUCUCGACUUUUUUAAACUAGUUUCUAUACUCUCUUAUAAUAAAAAGAACACCAACAAAGACGUUCCAUUAUCCUUACAAAAAAAAGAAAACAAUUAUCUUAGCUGUGAAUAAUGGUCUGGAUUCUUGGUGUAUUUUUUUUUAACUUCCUGAGUUUUUAUUAGUAGAGAUUAACAACAGAAAGAGCCAUUGAGGGAUCCUCUGACUGUGUCUGUGGGGUACAUGUUCCCUCUCUAACCUCCUUCUAACCCCCUGCUCCCCAUCUCACAGUGAUCUACAAGGGAAGGAAUGUGGUAGAAUGGUACCCGUCAAACGCCAGUCAUAACACCCACUACUGCUGGUGACAGACUGUUUACACGUGGUGUAAAUAUUCAUUGACCUUGUCAUUAGCUAAGUAACUAACAACCAGUACAGUGUAGUCGUCUAGGAUCUCUCCAGAGCAAUGUGACAGUGGGCGCAAAUCAACGGUCUGGUGUGUUAGGAAUUGUUCCAGUAUUGUUUGUUGUGUUGCUCCGGGUCUUCUCAUCGUUUUGCCCAUCAAAAACCAUGCUGCUGAGCAUCUUCUGCAGAGCUACGAACAUUGCUCAGGGCCCAUAUCCACCAAGCGUCUCGGUGUAGGAAUGCUGAUCUAGGAUCAGUUUUGCCUUUUGUAUCAAACUUGAAUAUUAUUAUAUGGACAUAUCCUUCAUCAGCACGCCUACUCUGAGACGCUUUGUUGAUACCGUGCCCAGAUUUUACACCACGUCUAUUCUACAGAUAAACACUAUUAUUAUGAUUAUUCAAAGUGAUUAAUUUAACCACUAGUCCACACAAUGGCUCCUGUGUCAAUAUGUUGAUAUACUGUAAGUCGAGAUAGAACCUAACCAAUCCCUAUCAAAAUGGUGAAUCUGUGUAGAGUACAAUCUGACUGAUACAAUGCUGAUAUCUAUUGUGGUCUGCUGUCAUGUGACACAAUACUGGCAUUUCGACCUGCUCAGAUUGCAGGACCCAAUGAACAAUAUUUUAGUGUACAUGUUUCAGUGUAUUUCAGUGUACAUGUGUACAAUCUGGAAAACUUUCACUCCUCAAAAAGAGAGCAGUCAAAUCAUAUGAAUGUAGUUAAAAAUGAUCAAUAAAUCCAGAGUCUUUCUUUGGAAUUAGUAUAUAUUCUCUUAUAUUGUGAAUUUACUGCAAUUAUGUCUGAUUUGAAUCUAACAUAGUUUAUCCGAGGUAGUAUUUAGUAGCGGGUGUUUUGUAUGUUUUUUAUUCAGUGCUCAAUAAAUAGUGAGACAGUG